UCACACACUUAACGUUGUAAAUAGUCAAAACACCAAUUACGCAUGGAAUAAUCCACAAAAUCGCUGUUUUUUUUUUUAAAUAUGUGUUGGAAUCCUUAGGUUGGCACAACUGUCGAGUGUUUGACGUUUGGUGAAAAGUAAAACCGAGAAAAUCUUAUUUAAAUAGUGAAAAAGCGGUUUAAAAUGGCUUUAGCUUUAAUAUUACGCAACGCCCCGAGAAUUCAAGUUGGGGCCUUGCAACAGAACUUGAUCAAAAGCGCCUCGAUUGUGCUGGCCCCCUCACACAAACAACAGUCAACAUUGAGCAAGUCGCGUCAUUUACUUCUAGCCCCCCAGAAAGUCUCACAAGUGAGAUUUAUGUCAGCAGACCACAGCAAGUUGUGGCCUAUGGAGAAGGCCCUCUCGUUGAGUAUGAUAGCCCUCGUGCCUGCUGCAAUCGCAAUGCCCAAUAUAGUGUUUGAUAAUUUGCUCGCAGUGGCGUCUGUGAUUCAUUUUCACUGGGGCUUGGAGGCCGUUGUGGUGGACUACGCGAGGCCCAUCGUGGUGGGAAAUAUUCUACCUAAACUGGCUUUAGGCCUGCUUUACUUAAUCUCAGCCACGACUUUGGGGGGCCUUAUUUAUUACAACAUCAAUGAUAUUGGGAUUGGGAAAACAAUCAGGAAAUUCUGGGCGAUUAAAGAGUAAAUUUACUCACUUUUGAGUCUAUAUUACCGCCUCAAACCUUUGUAAAUUACAAGAAGUUUUAAUUUAUGAAUUAUUGUCAAUAAAUUACCUAAAAAUUA